UCAUCAUCAAACAUUUCAGCUAAUUGACCUUUGAAUUUUUGUGGAAACAAGUUACUUAGUUCAACGAGUGGAUUGAUGCAAAUUGCCUCAUGUUACUUUGCUUUAUGUUUCAAAUAUUUAGGAUACUAGCUGGUUAUUGAUGGAUUCUGCAUCUUCAAUCAUUUAUUUAAUGUGGCAGUAUAUUGUAGAAAUUGUGAAGAUCUACUUUCUUUUCUAUUCUUUUUUGGUGAAAAUUCAAUUUCUUUGGCUAAGUGUAAGGACAUGUAAGUUUUUUUCCUCUUCCACUUUUUAUAUUUUCUCUGUCACAUCCUUGUUUAUUUUUAGCUUUUAGACUUUUGGCAGUAAAGGUCGUUUACCUUUCUGUUUGUUGAGUGUGCCUUUUAGAUUCCUUUCCUCCUUUUCUUUAAUUAAUCGAUCUGUUCGUGUCAAUUUUAAAGUGGUAGAAAUUUAGUGCUAUAAUAGAAGCAUUCUAACUGAUCAGUUGUCAGUUAGGUGUUCGUCUAUAACUAAUCAGUUUGUCAGUUAGGUGUUUAUCAACCAGAAGAGUUUCAUUAGAAGCGGGCUUUGAACUUGGAUGCAAGAUUAAUUGUGAUUUCACUCAUGGUUGUCGAUAAUUACUUGUUUCUUUAAUGCAUCCGUGUUUCUUUUCAGCCAAUAACAUUCACGAAGGGUUAAGUUUGUUGUCAAUAGUAAUGAAUUAUAAUACCUUCCACUGGUUUGAUUUUAAAGGAAGAGUAGGGAUGCAGUAGGGAAAUUUUGCAUGGAAGAGAGGGCAUUUUAAAUCUUUGAACAAGUGCUUCACGUGUUUAAUAUCUUAAAGGAAUAGAAAUCUCCAAAGAAAUAGACUAAGGAUUAGAAAAACAUAUUGCUCUUAUUGUAGUCCUUUUCUCUUUGGGUUUGAGCUCAAGGAAGAGGAUGAAAGCACAAGGAAGAUAUUAGAUUGAGGGAGGAGUAUAUGCAUUUGGCAUAUUUGAAGAGGCACCAGGAACAGUGUUUGAAAGAGUUUCAAGUUCUUUUGUGCCUUGACAUUCAAUUGUUCUCGAAGGGCUAAGCAGAGAUCUAUGAUUUGCCUACAGUAGUGGCUAGUGGAAGAACUGUUAUUGAAGGGUGGAGUAGCAAGUGGUUCGCCUUCAUCUUUCACAUGCUCAUAUAUAUUGCAGGCUCCUUCUGUUGGUGCUUGAGUGCUCAUCGUCAUUAUAACCAACCAGUGUCAUAAUACCAUGGACCUUUAUGCUCACUUGUCUAGUUUCCAGUUGUAGCUUGGUAUUUGUCAAGUUCCAUUCAUAAGGAUCCUGAUUUUGUUGAUAUAUGUGCAAUAGCAAGAUAUGGUCAUUCGGCUGUGAAUAGAGCGUGGAAAGAUGGCCAAUCCAGACGAGGAACAACCACAAUUGCAACAAACACAGCAGACAGAGGACUACCUUUUCAAGAUAGUUCUAAUUGGUGAUUCAGCGGUUGGAAAAUCUAACUUGCUUGCAAGAUUUGCUCGAGAUGAGUUUCACCCUAAUUCAAAGUCUACUAUUGGGGUAGAAUUUCAGACCCAAAAGAUGACGAUUAAUGGAAAGGAAGUGAAGGCACAGAUAUGGGACACAGCCGGACAGGAGCGGUUUAGGGCCGUGACGUCUGCGUAUUACAGAGGCGCAGUCGGAGCACUUCUUGUCUAUGACAUCAGCAGACGCCUCACUUUUGAUAGCGUAGGCAGGUGGCUUAACGAACUUCACACUCACUCGGACAUGAAUGUGGUGACGAUAUUGGUGGGAAACAAGUCCGAUCUGAAAGAGGCUCGGGAGGUGACAACCGCGGAGGGUAGAGCCCUGGCCGAAGCACGGGAUCUGUUCUUUAUUGAAACGUCGGCUCUGGAUUCGUCCAAGGUUAAUGCUGCGUUUCAGAAGGUGGUGGAGGAGAUCUACAACAUUUUAAGUAGGAAAGUGAUGCAAUCUCAAGAACUCAAAGUGAAGGAUCCGGAGUGGAUGGGGAAUGGGAAAACAGUGGUUUUGAAGGCUGAAGAUGAAAACAGGAAGGAAACAGAAGAAGCACAAGCUAAAAAAGGCAGUUGCUGUUCAUCAUGAUUUCCUGCUCAUUUUUCUUCAAUUCUCAGAGGAAAAGAAAUCUAUUUUUCUACCAAUCUACCAUAAUCUGUAAAUGGCUUGAGAUGUGUUAGAAAUGAUUUCCAUCAAGUAUUUACCUAAUUUGCUUUUCUUCUUCAA